CCGCAUCUUCGAUCCCACCCUCUGUCCUCCUACGACCAGCGUGCACUCGUGCGUGCCACGCAAGCAUGGAGCGGUUCUCGUGGACAGAUAAUCUGCGCGCAGCGUUUGCGCCGUGUCUCACAUGCCUCCAACCGCGGCGGGACGAGGACGAGGACGAGGAGCAGCAGCACAACCACCACUUCAGCUCACGCGGGCCAGACUACGUCCCCCGCGCCCGCGCUGACGAGCUCGAGGGCCUACUGCAAGACACGGAUGAUGUCGAAACACUCUCAUUGCACUCAAAUGUCGGCCGCGACGACACGCGCAGGCGCAAGCGACGCAAGCCGCACAAGAGCAUUAGACUCUUCGGCUUCGACCUAUUUGGAAAGCCCCCGAUCCAGCUGUCUGAAGAUGAGGACGAUGACACGUAUCGCAGAUCGCGCUCACGCACGAUCUCUGCGUCGACGCUGGACUCAGAUGCUGCGCCGCUGGACCCAUCGGCCAUAGCUCAGCUAUCCGCGACACGUGCCGCAGAAGGAGCUGCUCAGCGGGAAACGGGGAGGCUGGCAAAAGAAGAGAGGAGGAGGCGGAGGCGAGAGAAAAAGGCUGCCAGGGAGGCUGCGCUUGCCCUCGCACUGGACAGAAACCAGAACGAAUUCGAAGGGUUUCCUGUAAGUGUGCUUUACCCGCUCUGCAAGCUCUUGUCUUACGUGUUGUUUCAGGGGAGUGGACCGUCGUAUGUUGCGUCCCCCAAUACGGAUGCGUUCUCAUCGUCCGACUAUUCCGAUGAAUAUGGGCCAUUCGAACAUGCCCCAGCGGUAUCGCCCUAUGUGCACGAAGAAGCGGACGUAGAUGGCGCUGAUUUCGGCGCUGAUGUCUAUGCCAAGCGUCAGCGAGGAGGGAGUGCCAUGAGCCGCUCUGUCUCGGACUCGCAAUCGCGCACCUCUGGUACGGACUCGAUGCAGCACGAUCAUUCCUAUGUCAGCCAACAACAACAGCAGCCGCAGCUUGGAAGGAAGAAGUCAUCGAAGCGGUCCAACAACUCGACCACCUCGCAGUCCCUGUCGAUUUCCUCUCCCCCUGCACAAGUUGUGUCCUUCCCGGUGGUUGCGGCUCACGACAUGGCUCCACUCACAGAAGAGGCAGCUGCGGCAGAUGCGGGGGCCGUAAUUACCAUUGAUACCCCGAACGGCUUCCCGAGCGUCGGCUUCUCUGGCGGGCUCAGGCGCAAGAACAGCGAGGCUGGCGUCUUCCUGGCGCGUCGCGGAGACGAGUAGAUGCUUUUCAGAUCUCUUUACUAUGUCUCUUACUAUGAUAUUUCUGGACUUUGGCUAUCAUUAUGACAAUAAGUGAUUAUGAUACGUGCAACGGUGCAAAACGGGUAGCAUGCAGUGGUAAAUCCAACCGGAAAGAUCGAUUAACAAGAAGUAUUUCGUGAUUCCUCGCUGGAACUCGUGGGCACCGGGAUAGGCACAACAGACGCGACGGCGCCGCUCGGGGCAGCCGAUGUGCUAUGAUCAUUACUCGCGGCAGUCGCAGCGUGUACAUUCCAGCUUGCAUGCGUCGACCAGAAAGAAUCAUACGUCAGCGCCUGGCUCGUCCCCCCGAACGCGCCUGCACCCGCAGACGGCGAUGCGGGCAUGUUGAUCGGGAACGGUGAGCUCGAGACAUAUGCCUUCGCGAGGUAGUUGUGUGGAGAGUAUGCGGUGCUCCCACCGUUGCUGGCGCUGUACAUGCCGUAUUCAGGUGCGGCUUGUGUGUAGCCUUGCAUGACGCGUGCGGGGUAGUGUGCGUAUGGGUUCGGUGUGUACGGUGGGGCGUCGGAGGGCGUGUUGUAUGUGCUUGGGUAGUAUGACUGCGCAGCCUUCGAUGGGUUCAGCGCGGCUAUGGGCAGCGCGGCGUCAGCGUCAGUUGUAGCUGAAGUAAUUUCUUGGGUGGACCGACUUGCUGAUUUGCUCGGACUGUCGGGACAUGUCCGUAAGUCUCCGGCAGGCGGGGUAUCUGCAAAGGGCGGUAGACGUG